GUUUUUGUUUUGAUUUCAAAGUGAACGGACGUGUGUGCUAGUUACUUAUUGAUGAUAUAUUUAAUUAAAUUUAAUACAAGAGGCAGCAGCAACGGCGGCCUAAAAGGUGAUUUUAGACAAAAUACCCGAAGGUGAACAGAAACACACACACGAAUAUAUUAAAGUUUAAGUUGCGCUGGUAAAAACGUUAGUUACAAAAAGGACACAAAAAUAAAAUAGGAUAAAACCGGGAUUGUUCUUGUUAUGAUUUCAAAGUAAACGGACGUGCGUUGCGUCGACGUCGGAAAAUUUCGAGUUUGUGGAGUUUUGGAUAAGCACAUUCAUCCUUUGUCCCUUUCUCGCAAGGGUAGUGAAUAAAACGAAAAGAAUCAAAUGGAAUUAACAAAAUAUUAAAAGUGUUCACCCUUUUGUCUACUCGUGUUUCGGAGUGCAGCAAACAACAAAAAUUCUUUAAACAAAACUAAAUUCGCGCGCAAUUUGCAGCGUUGAAUAAAAUUAAUAAAAUAAAACUCUGCGUUUCUACGCCGAUCGGAGGAGGAACCAGCAGCAUUAUAACCGAAUAAUAGAGGAUAGUUCCAGCCACGACUAAACAAGGAAAACAAGGCUUAGAGGGCAACCGAAGUGGUUAAUCAUUAUAAUAAGGAUAACUUAAAGUAUAUACACAAACACACAAAAAUGGUGGACUAUUAUAAAGUAUUGGAUGUGGCACGCACAGCCACCGAUGGUGAAGUGAAAAAAGCCUAUCGAAAAUUGGCAUUAAAAUGGCAUCCAGACAAGAAUCCAGACAACUUGGAGGAGGCCAACAAACGUUUUCGUGAACUAUCUGAAGCAUAUGAAGUGCUAUCCGAUGCACGUAAGCGAAGGAUCUACGAUGCGAGAGCCACACUGCAUAAAUCCUCAGCAACUUCCUCCUCCUCCUCCAACACAUCGAAUGGCUAUUAUUCCCGCUAUCGCAGCGGAGCUGGUGGCGGUGGCAGCACUUCAUCAAGUUAUGGUCGUGACUACGACUAUGAUUACUAUCCAAGCAGACGGAGUGGUAAUCGCUAUCAGGCGUUUACCUUCCGUAACUUAUUCGAGGGUACACCAUUUCAUAAACUUUUUGAGAAAAAACGUCGCAUUUACGAUGAGUAUGGCAAGGAUGGACUUGGUGAUCGCCAGAAUCGCUCACAUACCCGUCAUCACUAUAACACACAUGAAUUUGAUGACUUUGAUAUCAUGGGUGGCUUUCCGUUUGUGUUCCGACCGCCCGACGAAGUUUUCCGUGAAUUCUUUGGCGUUAAUUCACCCUUUGCCGACUUCUUUAGAGAUGCCAAUGGCCAUUCGAAUGGCACUUCUAGUGGAUCAAGUCGGCGACAUGGCGGCAGCAGUAAUGGCGGUAUUGGAGCCUCUCGCCAUCAUCAUCAUCAUCACCAGCAUAAAUUGGCCUCCCCUUUUGCGGCGCCCAUGGUCAAUUAUUCAAUGAUGGAUUUUUUCAUGCCAACCAGCGGUUUCACUUCUUUCUCGUCCAUGACAAGUGGAGGCAAUGGCAGCAGCGGCGUUACCCACAUAUCUGGUGGACCCAAUGCCGCCGUUAAACGCACCUCAACCUCCACGGUGUUUGUCAAUGGCAAAAAGCUGAUGACCAAGCGAAUUGUCGAAAAUGGCAAGGAAACUGUCUUUUCAUAUGAAAAUGACAUCCUUAAAUCAAAGACUGUGAAUGGAGUAUCCCAAAAACUAUCUUCAAUAACGAAUUAAAAUGCAAAUCAAAUGGGGGAAAAACAGAAUUAAUAAAAAAAUAUAUAUAUAAUAACAUCAAAUAAUAUUAAUAAACCACAGAGACGGAGAGAGAGAGAUAACACGAUAACAAAGCAAAAGUCAUAAAUUUAAAAUGCAAACAAUAAAAAUAAAAGAAAAAAUAUUAAGGGGUGAAAAACGAAACCCUCGAAGAAAAACUAGAAAUUCUUCAAAUAUUCGAGAGAUACGUUUAAAGAUUUUGUUUUACAUUAAAAUUAAGAGUUAUCAUACAUAAA